GUCUGUUUGCGUGCGUUCUGCUGGGUAGAGCGUACUCUGUUGUUCGGUGGUGUCUGGCGGUUUCCGCCUUCGUCAGGCGUUGGGGAGCGGUCCGGCCAUCCCAGUGGAUGUUUCUUCGAGGUAAAGGCAGGAUUGAGUUGGCAGUGGCAGUGGCACUGCUACAGCCACCGGGGGUUGAAGGGAUGUGGGGGGGCACAUGGGGAUAGCGAUGAUGGUAGAGCCGGUGGUGGGGAGGGGAACAACGCUCUGGUUGUGUAGGCAGCAGGAAUAUACCAUCGUGUCACAUGUACAGCGGCGAUUCUUGACAGCAAAUGACAACCCAAGGCGCCGAGCUUGUAUAAUUACGGUACGUACUAUGCUUUCUUUAAUACCUACAACCAUCUUUAUAAGAAGAGGCUUACUAACUGAUAUAUCCUUUUUCCUUUCAUUCUUUCCUUCUUCGUACUGCAUUCAACUCGGAUGUGGUUUGAAGAAGGCUACUAGAAACUUAAGGAAUUUAUUCCUUUCCCAGGGUUGUCAUUCCAGUCAGUUCCAGCUCAUGUGGAUGGUGUUCCUGCAGAAGUCCUACCUGUACCAGGGCAAUGUUGUUCCUCCAAUCCCCGCCACCCGCUCAACCGGAGUUAUCCUCGCCCUUUCCAUGUCCUGGAUCCCCCACCGGUUGUAGUCAGUGUCAUGUCAUGUAAGUCCAACUCCUUCCUUCACCUUUGCCUUGGGGAUUCCUGAAGCUGGGGUGUCCGGACUGGGGUGUUUGGCCAGCGGUGUGUGUGGUACGCCGCGAUGGAAAGUGUCAGCUUUCCAGGCUAGCCGAGUAAAAACUUCGGGGUGUUGUGAGAAUCCCGUC